AUGAUGGUACGAAUAUCAUCAAGAUCUGGUUAUUUAAUUAGUACUUAUCCAUUAUUAACAAUUGGUACAUCAUUAGUACUUUCGUUUUCAAUUAUUAGCAUACUUAUAUUUAAUCCUUUUAUUAUUGAAACAGAUAUACGACAUGGAUUUGCAUAUCGAAGCAGUCGUUCAGUUUUAGAAUUUCAGCGUUUCGCGGAAUUUUACAAUGUUUCAUGGCCGGAUUUAGAAAUGAUGGCUGUUUUGAUCCAACCAAAAUAUUCGAAUGAAACAAUUCUUCAAAUUACACCUCAAUUAUGUAAUGAAAUAAAACAAGUUGAAUUACUCAUUCAGUCAUACGAAGUUCCGGAUAGUAAGAAACCAAUUAAAUAUGAUGAAUUUCGUGUUGCUGGUGGUAAUCUUAAUUACUUCUUCGAUGCUUUCAAAUUUGGUUAUGACCUUAUAACUGUUAGCAAUAAAACCGAUGGAUCAGUUGUGUUAACAUAUCCGCAUGGAUCAAUUUUUGGACAUCAAAUUGCUUUAUCAUCACACUUCUUCGGUGUUAAAACUAUUGAAAAUUAUACAGAACAGGGAUUACCGACAUCAAUGGAAUCGGCUACAACAAUUGCAUUGUUUUAUAUGCUAAAAGCUCGUGGAUUUCCACAAAAAUAUCGCUUGCGCCAGUGGCAACUUGCAUUGCAUCGUUUAAGUGAAAAUGGAAAUUACUCGAGUUCAUUCAUUUUUUAUAUUUAUGGUGAUCAGAUUGCAAAUGCUGAAAUGCAAAGAGGAAAUAUGAAAUCAUUAAAAUUGUUUGUAAUUGGCGCAUUUCUGAUGAUUGUUUAUAUUGCAUGCGUUUUGCACCUGUUUACAUUGAAAAGUAAGAUUUUGAUUAUAUCGGCAGCAAUUGCAUCACCUUUGUUAGCAACAAUCGUUUCAUUCGCUUUAAUGCAAUGGUUCAAAAUUUCUAUUACAUCAAUAAUGGGCCUUAUACCAUUGCUAAUGAUGGGAAUAGGUGUUGAUGAUGCAUUUCUUUUAAUUCAUGGUUGGCAAAAUUACUCCUCAGUUCCGGAUGUAAAAAAACGUAUGACAAGUGUGAUCAAUGCAGUUUGGCCAAGUAUCAGUAUUACAUCAGUUACUAAUGUUCUUGCAUUUGCUGCUGGCUCAGUUACUGCACCACCUAUGAUGAGUUCAUUUUGUCUGUGCAUGUUAAUAGCAGUUGCAAUGGAUUAUAUUCUUGAAUUAACCAUUUUUACUCCAACACUUGCUCUUUCGGCACAUUUUGAGCGUAAUGAUCCUGAUGAAAUUGAAAAACGACGAUCGUUAUGCUAUUCAACUUCUCGUUGGAUUUUACUUUCUCGAUUUGUUUCAUCUAAAAGUGGCUUUGUGCUUAUCGUUUUAAUGCAAGUAAUUUUGUAUAUUAUUGCUACCAUUGGUCUUACGCGCAUGGAGGCAAAUUUUGACCCGAGCAAAACAUUCUCGUCUGAUUCAAAAUUAAUGACGUGUGUAAAAAUUGUUGAUUUUAUUUAUCGUGAG